AUGACAACAAAGACUCAUUCUUCUACUUCCGCAGAGACUUCGACUACUACUUCGCACCACACGAAGAGCAUGACUUCUACCACCACGGAAGGGGCUACCACAACCUCGAAUGCAGCAGGGCUGUUGAUGCCUACCAACCAUGUCGGCAGUCUUCUUCUGGGCCUUGCUGCUCUGAUGCUCUGA